CGCUUUGACAACUCAUCCGGCGAUGAUUGUGGUGUAAAUAUGGCGGAGGCUGUCAAUUGAGAGGGAGUGUGUUCUAUUUUUGAUCCUCCUGCAUCUCCAUCGCCACGAAAUGGUGCUAAUUAUACAAGGGACGGUGCAGAGACUAUUAGUGCUUCUUGGCAGUGACUUGCCACCUUUCGCAACUGCUUCAGUGGCGUGAUAUUGGGAUAUUGUGAUUAUCAGGGAGGCUCUGGAAAGAUGUAUUGCGGUUCAAUGUACCUGUGGAACAACACAAACAACAUGACUGACUCGAAGUACUUCACUACGACGAAGAAGGGGGAGAUAUUUGAGCUGAAGUCAGAGCUGAACAAUGAUAAGAAGGAGAAGAAGAAGGAAGCUGUGAAGAAGGUAAUCGCCAGUAUGACUGUGGGCAAAGACGUCUCCGCGCUGUUUCCGGACGUGGUGAAUUGCAUGCAGACGGACAACUUGGAGCUAAAGAAGCUGGUCUAUCUGUAUCUAAUGAACUACGCCAAAUCCCAGCCGGACAUGGCGAUAAUGGCCGUGAACACGUUUGUGAAGGAAUUGCCAUCCUCUCAGCUGGUGAAGGAUUGCGAGGACUCCAACCCACUCAUUCGCGCUCUCGCCGUGCGCACGAUGGGCUGCAUUCGCGUGGACAAGAUCACGGAAUAUCUCUGCGAGCCGCUGAGGAAGUGCUUGAAGGAUGAGGAUCCGUACGUGAGGAAGACAGCCGCCGUUUGUGUGGCAAAACUCUACGACAUUUCGUCUUCAAUGGUAGAGGAUCAAGGAUUCCUCGAUCAGUUGAAGGAUCUACUCUCAGAUUCCAAUCCCAUGGUCGUGGCGAACGCCGUGGCGGCGCUGAGUGAGAUAAACGAGGCUAGCCAGUCUGGGCAGCCGCUGGUGGAGAUGAACUCCGCCACCAUCAACAAGCUGCUGACGGCUCUGAAUGAGUGCACCGAGUGGGGCCAGGUCUUCAUCCUCGACUCCCUGGCCAACUACAGCCCAAAGGAUGAGCGCGAGGCGCAGUCGAUUUGCGAGAGAAUCACGCCGAGACUGGCUCACGCCAAUGCCGCUGUCGUGCUGAGUGCCGUGAAGGUGCUGAUGAAGCUGCUGGAGAUGCUGUCCAGCGACAGUGACUUCUGCGCCACGCUCACGAAGAAGCUGGCGCCUCCUCUCGUGACUCUGCUGUCAUCUGAGCCAGAGGUGCAGUACGUGGCGCUGAGGAACAUCAACUUGAUUGUGCAAAAGCGUCCAGACAUUCUCAAGCACGAGAUGAAGGUGUUCUUCGUGAAGUACAACGAUCCGAUCUAUGUGAAGCUAGAGAAGCUAGACAUCAUGAUUCGCCUGGCGAAUCAGAGCAACAUCGCUCAAGUGCUGAGUGAGCUGAAGGAGUAUGCGACGGAAGUGGAUGUGGACUUCGUGAGGAAGGCCGUGAGGGCGAUCGGAAGAUGUGCUAUCAAAGUGGAGCCGUCAGCUGAGCGAUGCGUCUCCACACUGCUGGAUCUGAUUCAGACGAAGGUGAAUUAUGUGGUGCAGGAAGCCAUUGUGGUCAUCAAGGAUAUCUUUAGGAAGUAUCCUAACAAGUAUGAGAGCAUCAUCAGCACUCUGUGCGAGAAUCUGGACACUCUGGAUGAGCCGGAGGCGCGCGCAUCGAUGGUGUGGAUCAUUGGCGAGUACGCGGAGAGGAUUGACAAUGCCGAUGAGUUGCUGGACAGCUUCUUGGAGGGAUUCCAGGAUGAGAAUGCUCAGGUGCAGCUGCAACUCUUGACAGCUGUGGUGAAGCUUUUCCUCAAGCGUCCGGCUGACACGCAGGAGCUCGUGCAGCACGUAUUGUCGCUGGCAACGCAGGACAGUGACAAUCCCGACUUGAGGGAUCGCGGAUUUAUCUACUGGCGCCUGCUCUCGACCGAUCCGGCCGCAGCCAAGGAGGUUGUAUUGGCUGACAAGCCUCUGAUCUCCGAGGAGACAGAUUUGCUGGAGCCAACGCUUCUCGAUGAGCUGAUUUGCCAUAUCUCAUCACUGGCCAGUGUCUAUCAUAAGCCGCCGACAGCGUUCGUGGAGGGACGAAGCGCUGGAAUAAGGAAGUCCCUGCCGAAUCGUCAGGGAUCCGGGGAGGAUGGCGCUCACGCGGUGAACGAGGCAACGGUGAUUCCCAAUCAAGACUCUCUCAUCGGGGAUCUGCUGUCGAUGGACAUUGGCGUGCCAAUGGCGCAGGCAGCUGAUCCGGCGGCCAGCAAUGUGGAUCUUCUCGGCGGCGGUCUGGAUAUUUUGCUGGGCAGUGGACAGCCAGAAACCAAUGCAGCCGGCGGAUCGGGUCUCUUGGGAGAUAUCUUCGGCAUCGCCGGCGGUUCGUCCACCAUGAUCCAGAUCCCGAAGAUUGUGUGGCUGCCGGCAGAAAAGGGCAAGGGACUGGAGAUUCUGGGCACGUUCUCUCGCCGCGGCGGUCAGGUUUACAUGGACAUGACGUUCACGAACAAGGCGAUGCAAGCUAUGACGAGCUUCGCUAUUCAACUGAACAAGAACAGCUUCGGCAUCGUGCCCGGCGCUCCGCUGCAAGUGGGCCCUCUGCAGCCUUCGCAGACUCUAGAUACUUCCCUGAGCAUCGCCACGACUGGACCCGUGCAGCGAAUGGAGCCACUGAACAAUCUCCAGGUGGCAAUCAAGAACAACGUGGACAUCUUCUACUUCGCAUGCCUCGUGCACGCAAAUGUGCUGUUCUCAGAGGACGGACAGCUGGACAAGAGGGUGUUCCUGACCACUUGGAAGGAGAUUCCGGCCGCCAAUGAGGUGCAGUACAAUUUGUCUGGCGUCCAUGGCUCUGCGGAUUCAAUUGCCGCCAAGAUGACUGCGAACAACAUCUACACGAUUGCCAAGAGGAAUGUUGAGGGUCAGGACAUGCUCUAUCAGUCACUGAAGUUGACCAACAACAUUUGGGUGCUGCUGGAACUGAAGCUGCAGCCCGGAAAUCCCGAUGCGACGCUGAGUCUCAAGACAAGAUCUGUUGAGGUGUCGUCGAUGAUCUUCACGGCGUACGAAAGUAUUAUAAGAUCUCAGCUGUAAGAUGAUUGAUCGUUUCGCAAGUUUGGCUGCAUUCCACCAGGGAUUAUUCAGUGCAGGAUAAAUGUUAACUACUUCUAGUGCAUACUCUUGAAUUCUGUGGAAGCAAUAAUCCACGCUAUAAUUAAUUGAAUUAAUGAUAUAAACACGUAUUUAGAGGAA